CAGUCAUAUUUGAUAUUUGUAACAUACCUACCUUUUUAGUAGCUCUUUCGCUCUUAAUUCGUUUGAAAUACGGUUGUUUCACCGUAAAACAUUAAAAAACUUAUUUUCCUCCUGGAACGUGCAUAUUAACAACCUAAAUGUCACGACAAUCAUGACAACAUCGAUACCAAUACUACAUAAUGUCGAAGGAAAAGUCAGAAAGUGUAAACGGCGAUAGUUCCACAGUUGCUGAACAAAACGGUGAAAAACGCAUAGGCUGUGCUCAUUACAAACGGCGAGCGAAGUUUGUGACUCCAUGCUGUAACAAAGUGUACAUCUGCCGUUACUGUCAUGAUGAAAACGAACAACACUAUUUCAAUAGGAAGACUGUUACAGAGCUGAUAUGCACCGAGUGCGACACAAGACAAAAGGUGCAGCCAGAAUGCCAGAACUGUGGAGUUAGGUUUGGAAAGUACACUUGUUUGAUCUGCAACCUGUUUGAUGAUGAAGAUAAGAAACAGUAUCACUGCGACGGAUGCGGCAUAUGUCGUGUAGGAGGCCGCGAUAGGUUCUUCCAUUGUGAACGCUGCAACAUGUGCCUGCCUGUUCAGCUGCAAAGGGUCGGACAUAGGUGCGUAGAGAACGUGUCCCGUUCGAACUGCCCCGUGUGCCUGGAGGACAUCCACACGUCCCGCAUCCCGUGCCACAUCCCGGACUGCGGCCACCUGCUGCACCGGCCCUGCUUCGAGCAGCUGCUGCACUCCGGCCACUACGCGUGCCCCACGUGCCAGACGAGCAUGAUCGACAUGUCGAAUCUCUGGAAUUAUCUGGAUUCCGAAGUAGCGGCCACACCGAUGCCGUCCGAAUACGCCGACUACAAGGCCACGAUACUGUGCAAGGAUUGUCAUAAGCUGUCAACGGUGAAGUUUCACGUCGUAGGACUGAAAUGUCAACAUUGCGGAGCCUACAACACGUGUCAGACGAACGGGUUCCAUAAGGAGAGCGGGAGUACUGAAUCGGGAGACGCGUCAAGUUCAUCGUCGGCGUCGUCAGCGUCGUCAGCGCCGUCGCCCCGCGCUCCCCCGGCGCCGCACCACGACCUGCCCACCGCCAACCCGCUGGACGAGCCGCCCCAGGCCUGACCCGCCCUCGCCACCCCCAGGACGAUCCGUCCCAACCCACAAGCAGCUCCUAGACGAUGUUCAUCUGCAUUUUUGUAUUCGUGUGCUAUACGUGAACAUAUGAGUCCUCGACCCGCCUGGUGCUAAGCGGUUACCAUAGAAAGAAAGAAAGAAAUCAUUUAUUCGCCAAGCAUAGUGAAAAUGAGUUAUUACAUAAAUUAAAAGCAGCGUGUACGCUUUGUGAUUAUUUGACAUGCGAAUUUUAGUGCAGUGCAAGAUAUUAUAAUAUUAUAUAAUUUACUAUUCAUUCAUCCAUAAUUCAACUAAUAAUUAAAAAGUCAAUUUAUUUUCAAUGUCGUCCCUAAGAAAAUCAUUUAUGUGAUAAUAAUUUUCACUAAUAAGAUUGUCUUUUAGUUUUAAAAUGAAAAUCCUCUAAGUCUAAGAGAUUCAAUGUCAAAUUUACCUUUAUAUGUAGACAAGAACGCGAAACUGGUUCGCGACAAAUUUUUUAUGUAGGUUUGUUCUAACAUUCUAUUCCUUACUACAAGCUCAUGAUAUAGAUUUUUAAAUAAAGUUUAUUACCUCCGAAAGCUGACAAACAUUCGGGCCGCUUGAUUGUGGGUAGUCAUUGUAGCUCAUGGGCAUCACCAAUGGCAAGCCGCUGUCCGCAACCCGAUAACCCGUUAGCUGAAUUAGUGUAUUAGUUAAACCAAAGGAAACUGCAAAAACAAACAUAUGUUUGUUUUUAAUGCUCUAGAUAAACCGAUGAGCUCACAGCGUAUCUGGUAUUAAGUGUUAUGGGAGCUUGUAGUUGUUACGCACGUUGUAAUUCCGAGGUGAGAUACAGGCUCGAUUGGCAACGACUGUGCCACCGUUAAGACCGGAACGCAAGACUGCUUCGCGACACAGCUAGAGACGAUACUAGGACUACGAUCAGUAAAUCGAUAAUGACAAUGGCAUUGCUGAUGAUUCUGCCGAUGUUAAACAAACACAAGAUAUUGCAUUUUAUGUAUUAUUUAAAGUAUUGACUUGCAUUGGAUGUCAUCAAAAACCAACAUACACAUGAGGUAACUGGCCUCAAACGAUGCCAUUACUUUUCACACAGUGUAGACUUGCCGAAAUAGUGUGUUGUCAUCAGUAGCAUAAAAUUCGAUUAUUCUUUUGUAAAAAUUGCUUGUACACACAUUAUUUUGAGAUCCAUUUCAAUUUGUAUUUCAAAUCAGCAGAAAUAAAAAAAUUUUGCUUUUGAAUUGACUUUGUGUUUAUAUUGUGUGUUAUAUGUCUGGAAUGAAUAAUGUGACAUAUCUGACUUCAAAUGAGGCUAAGUUUAAAUUAUAAUAUUUCAGUUAUGAUUACUCUUUUCCCUCUUUACUGGCCCCGCUAAGACCCCACUGCACCAAGCUCCAUUAUGUAAACUUUUCUUGAACACUCUUCAAGGGGACUGAAAGCUCAUCUGCAUAUAAGAAAUUGCAUAAAUACCUCACUUGUAAUGGAAUAUUCUUUUUCUACCUGUUACAUAAUUUCUUUGCAGUUAAAGUACAAUAGAAAUAUAGGACAUUAUUAUUGAUACAAAAAUGCUUUAUUAUUUAUUGACUAAUUUAGUGUUGUGAUUAAAGUUGUUGAUAUGAAAAUAUUUUAAUGCAGCGGCUGUGUUAUAUUUGCUGUUCAUGUAAUUUAUCAAAAUGGUAAACUGAAAUUAAAUAUUUAAUUAAAGGAUACCGAUAUCAGUUUACUUCAAGUUGCUAGUUUUAUAUUAGUGCUUCAAGAACUAUAUGCCCGACAUUUGUUGUACAUAUUUAUUGGAUACUCAAGAGAUACAUCAAUAAAUAUAUUAAAUUCAUUAUUUAUUUUUAAGAGCAACAGUUUACCUAUGUAAUCUUAAUUAAAAAGAAUGUUAUAAUAGUGCUAGAAAAAAUUUUCACCUAUUUUAUUAUAAUUUUUAAUAUGACUUUGGUCCAGUGUAGUUUGCAAGUUGCAUUUCACGCAGACAUUGUUUUGUUGAUUUUAAUUCUAUUACAGUAAUGUAUUCUGUAUUUUCCUUGCAAGAUUUUAUGAUUUGGAAAAGUUGAAUAAAUUAUUGAAUAUCA